AUGCUCUCUGCACGAAUUCCACUGUCUUCUCUUCGCAUUUCACGCUCUGCAGCUUUUUCGUCUGCUGCUGAAUUCCACGACCCGAUCAAAGAUCAAGCAGAAGCAUUGGUCGCCCGAAAACCAUCUGAAGCGAAAAAGGGAAGAGUACAAAGUUGGAGAGCACCAGUAUACACAGCUCCUCAUCGACAUGUCUUUGAACAAUCGCCGGAUUUCUCAUUCAAAGAUGGGCGUACAGUGCAUGUGACGUCUCGGAAGCAACUCGAUUACAAACUCGACCAAAUUCGACUUGCUAAAAAGAUCGUGGCACUUUUGAAAGAAACCGAAAACGUGGAAACCAUCUACAAACGAGAGCAGGAGGCGAGAAAAAGAAAAGAAGCAGAGGAAAUUGGAAGACGACCGAUGGCAAAAGGAAAUAAAAAUAUUGAUUGA